AUGUGUGCAACAAUUCUCUUUAUUUCCUUGCUGUUCUGUACAUCUAUCGCGAAAAGAGAGAAAGACGACAGGUUAUACGACGAUCUUAACUAUGUAAGUACAAAAUACAAUGUUUCUCGGCCAACUACCACAGGUCGGUCUCUGAAGGGGGAGAUGGUUGUAGAGAAAUUUGUUGACACAUUGAUGGCAAGCGAAAGAUACCUUAAGAUGGUAGAAACUGUAGAAAAGAAGAUCAGUCACCUCGAUGCAACUUUUCACGAUAGAACAAACAGCAUAUUGAAGUAUUUAGCCGAACUCUUAAGGGUUGUCAAGGCACCGCAAGCAGAAAUCAUGGAGGACACCUUGAGAUCGCUGAAACUUGACUUGGAAAGGUUGAAACAGUCCGUGACUGAGAAAUUAGCACAGAUUCCGACAAUGCGAGUUGAAGGGACCGAGUACCAAAUGGAAUCGUCAUUGGAUAAUCGAUUGACGUUUUUGGAAAGUCAUAUGAAGAAUAUAAUGGCUAGUGUUGAAUCAAUUGCCUCGAUUAUAUCCGAAGUGAAAACUCGACAGAACACUAGAACUGUUGUCAGGCCAGAUGUAACCGGUUCUUUGGAAGCAAUUGGACUAAUUUCAGAAUUUAGAAGAGCAUUACAGGAACAGAAGUCGAGAAAAUGUGACUGCAAGAUUGGUAGAGUGGAUCGCAUAGAAAGAUAUCCAACAGAUUGCCAGGAGAUUCAAAUGCAGGGCUUCAAUGUGUCUGGGAUUUAUAAAAUUAGACCCGAUGAUAUGGAGCCUUUCUACGUGUUGUGUGAUCUUAGCAGUGCGGGCGGUGGCUGGACGGUCAUACAAAAUCGAUUUGACGGCUCGCAAGACUUCUAUAAAACAUGGUCAGAUUACAAGUAUGGGUUUGGUAACCUGGCAGGUGAGUUUUGGCUCGGCCUCGAGAAACUGAACUACCUCACGAAUCAGAAACUCUACGAAUUGAGAAUUGAAAUGGAAUCUCAAACCAGCCAAGAAUCUUUCGCAACAUUUUCCGUGUUCACUGUUGGACCCGAACAUGAAGGAUACAGGAUCAGUACGUUAGGAACUUAUAGAGGAAACGCUGGCGAUUCCUUGUCAUAUCAUGCGGGUCAGAAGUUUUCCACUCCCGAUGUGGAUAAUGACGAGUGGAAGGAUGGAACCUGCGCGGUGGAACAUGGUGGAGCUUGGUGGUACAAGGAAUGUGAUAAGAGUAACUUGAAUGGCAAGUAUUCCCCUCCUGAAGAUCACCAUGGCCAGUCGAUAUACUGGAUCUCAUUCAAGGGGCCUAAUUCACCACUUGCCAAGACCCGUAUGAUGAUCAGGCCGCUACCUGCCAGCAGGCCUACAGAUUUCACCGAUCAAUCUAGGAAAAUUAUGGAAACAACCAAAACAAAACCAUUGGACAAGCAGGCAGCGCGUAAAGAAAAGAACCAUGACACUCGCCACCCUCCGUACCGUUAUGAGGACAACCUGCGAGCAGAGGGCUUCUUUCCGACCUACGCGUAG